GAAUAAAAGAAACGAUUCCGAUCUUUCAAUUUCUGCAAUUUUUUUUUCUCUCUUCUGCUCUUGUUUUCCUCUGCUUAUCUCCAUUAACCAUGGCUAAGCAGCAUGCUAACUGGUCUCCUUACGACAACAAUGGAGGAUCUUGCGUUGCCAUAGCUGGAGCCGAUUACUGUGUUAUCGCAGCUGAUACUCGAAUGUCCAGUGGUUACAAUAUUCUCACUCGCGAUUACUCCAAAACCUGUAAACUAGCGGACAAAGCUGUCUUAGCAUCCUCUGGGUUUCAAGCUGAUGUAAAGGCUUUGCAAAAGCAAUUGGCAGCAAGGCACUUGAUUUAUCAGCAUCAGCACAAUAAGCAGAUGAGCUGCCCUGCAAUGGCUCAACUGCUCUCCAACACACUCUACUACAAACGUUUCUUUCCUUAUUAUGCAUUUAAUGUUUUAGGUGGCCUCGACAAUGAAGGAAAGGGUUGUGUGUUUACAUAUGAUGCUGUUGGUUCCUAUGAACGGGUUGGGUACAGCUCCCAAGGUUCUGGUUCUACCCUCAUCAUACCUUUUCUGGAUAAUCAACUGAAGUCUCCCAGCCCUCUCCUAUUGCCUGCCCAGGAUGCUGUAACUCCUCUUUCGGAAUCUGAAGCAGUUGAUUUGGUCAAAACUUGUUUUGCAUCAGCAACUGAGAGAGAUAUAUACACCGGAGACAGGCUCGAAAUUGUUAUCCUAAAUGCUGAUGGUAUUCGUCGUGAAUUCAUGGAGCUUAGGAAAGAUUGAUUGGUCACCAUCCAAUACAAUGUUGCUCUUACUACAGCAGAAUACUGGAAUUGCAUGGCGAUGUUUACUUUUUCGUGCCAGUACCGUUGUGUCUUUGUGGGUUUUGCUUUUCAAUUAAACAAAUCUGAACUGCAUUGUCCUUUAAAAUGGAUUGGUAGAAGUGUUGGUUCCUGAUGAGAUGAGCAUAAAACAAGCUAAAAUCAUGAAUAUUAUUUAUAAGCUUGAGAUUUGUACUAAGCCAUUAUGACAAUU